GGAAGGGAUGGCAGGGUAGUCCGGGAUGGAAGGGAUGUCAUGGAUGCCUUGUCACCCCAUUUCGCAUAAUUGGAGUAUAGCACUUGGUGCAUCCGGGUAGUCCUGGAUGUACUAGAUGAAAUUUGGAGUGUAGUAUCUGGUGCAUCCGGGUAGUCCUGGAUGUACUGGAUGAAAUUUCAUACAUGCUCUGGGCAAUUAACAUAGCGUUAAUAUGCUCAUAUCCUGGAUGUCCUGGACGUCCUGGGUGCUCUGGAUGGCUAGAGUCAUUGAGACAUACUGAAGUCCUAGACAUCCUGGAUGUCCUGGAUGCUCUAGAUGGCUAGAGUUAUGCUGGAAUCCUACCUAUCUUGGGUGUUCUGGACGUCCUGGGUGCCCUGGAUGGCUAGAGUGAUGUUGGAGUCUUAGCUAUUCCGGAUGUCCUGGACGCUCUAGAUGGCUAGAAUCAUUGUGAUAUACUGAAAUUAUGGACGUCUUGGAUGUCCUGGAUGCUCUACUAAGCUAAAAUUAUGUUGGAUUCUCAGCUAUCCGGGAUGUCCUGGACGUCCUGGAUGGUUUAGAUAACUAGGGUCAUCUCGACAUGUUUGUGCUAGUUUGAAGAGCUCAAUUCUUGUGCUUCGUUGUAGAUGGUCAACAAGUGUCGCAAAUCCGGGGCUCUAAUUCAUUUAUAUAAUGGGGGACUUGCCUUUCAUUUUUCACAACACUUUGAAAGUGAUUGGAAAGCUUGGAGCUUUGGAGAGGUCAAGAGUAGAGAGAGCAUUUUUGAAGGCUUCGAAGAAGGUUGGUAUUCUCUCUACUGUUCUUCGACUGUUCUUCGCAUAUCUUCGAUCAUGAUUUUAUGUCGCAUGUUAUGUGUUGCUUUAGGAUAGCUUCGAUCUACCGUUUUUGUAAGAGAUGAUUUGAUUCGUAUGUGUUUCAUUGUUUGUGUAUAUGAUGUUUGUUGGAGUAUGCUUAUCUAGACCUUUAAAUGCUUUGUCGGGGUGGUCCGGGUUGUCGGAGAGAUACUGAUGGACCUCUUUGUUCUUGUAAUCAUAUAUGCUCUAUUUAUCAAUGUUGUUGGUCGUGUAUACUUAGCAUGUAUGUCAUGUUAGCUUGCGUGCCUAUUUGAUAAUGCGACGGGUUGAAUCGGGAUAGUCUAGAUCACUUUAUCCUCUCUUUCGCUUGAUAUGCUUGUACUGUCGGGUUGGAACUGGAUGCUCUGGAUUGACUAAACCUAGAUGUUGCCAUACUUUAGGGUCAAACCACUAUGUCGCAAAGUCGGGGAUGGUCGACAGCGUCUGCUAGCGGAAUGUAUAAUUUAGUGGAUGAAGGGGGGGAUGACGAUAUAGAAGUUCCGUCGGGUAUCCCCAGUGGUCGGAUGAGACGAAGUAGCUCUGUUUGUCAGGGGACGUCUGGAGGCUCGGGCCUCGGGGUUGAUAGUGAGGGACCUAUAUUGAAUGCUAUUCCUAUGGCUUCGUUUCUUAGCAUUGAGAAUCCGACAUCGGACAUAAAUCGGGCUGGUCUGGUAAGGAGGAUUCGCAGAAAAUAUAUGAUACCUGACUGGGUUACACUGCAUGCUCCGGAUGCAACUCUGCUCGCCAACUAUUAUGUUGAGAACAUGGUGUGUCUCUACGAGUUCAUCUUCGUGCAGGGGAGCCGGCUCCCACUACCACGACUUGUGUUGGAGUUGUGUGAUUAUCACCACCUGUCUCCAGGCCAACUCAUGCCGAAUGCAUGGCGACUACUGCUGUGUAUCCAAGUAUUUGCAGAGCUACACAACUUUGAUGUCAACGUAUACGAUGUGUUAUACUCAUAUGCUGUAAACGAACAUCGUAGUACGGGUAGGUUCUGUAUGAAGGUAAGACCCAACAAGGACGCUCUUAUUGCGUCGUUGGGUGAUGGUGAGAAAAAUUGGGCAUCAAAGUAUAUUUUUGUGAAUUAUGAUAGUUUGGGUGUGCCUGCUGACAUGUCUAUUCCGUCCGCGUGGAGCGAUGGAAGUCGAGUGAAGCAAGAUCCGCCUGUCUCGUUAGGACUAGCCGAACGGGCUGACCGAUUUCUUAGCUUUCCCAUCGCCGAGCGUAAGUGGAAAGCUAUCCUAGUCGACGACAACCUACGCCGGACAUCUAUUUGGGACCAUCAGGCCGGGUGUGGAGAAGAUCGUUGGAUGUCGAACCCCAAAUAUCAAGUUGAAUGCACUAAUGACAAGUCAUACAAGGGCUUUCUGGAAAGACAGAAGCAGCAGAAGAAGAAGAAGAAACAGGUUGUGACUUCCAGUUCUCGCGAGGUUGAGACUGUAAGUGAUGAUGUGCUGCCGCUCACUCAGAUUGUCCAGAAACGUGGAAAGCGGACUGCUCAGUCGAGCGAGCCCGCUUGGACAGAUGGAUCCGUUAACUUUAGCAUUCCUGCCGAUGCUUCUGUUCACACUGGGUAUGACGCUUUGUUCGGGCAGCUCGGGCAACUCUUGCUGGAUGAGGAUAGGGCUCGGUUGGCCGGGUUCUCCACGCCGUCCAGGAUGGCGCGCAUGGCUUGUGGUCAUGCCAUGAUGGUAUGUUAAGUUCUUAGAAU